UCUCGCUGUCGCUCUGUCUCUCUCUCGGAGUCAUCGUUGCUUCGGAACUAAGUUCUAGGGCUCGUUCUUUCAGAAACGAUUGGAAAAAUCCCCAAAUCUCCAUCAUUCAUCGCACGAUGACUCUCUUCUUUACCUGAUCGAACGAAUUAGUCACGCAAAGCAGACUCUUCUUUGUCGAUCUUCUCGCAGCUGCCUCUUCCUCGCAUGGAAGAUUCCUACACCGGCCUCCCCACCAGCCACCUGCUGGGCUCCGUCCCUGCUGUUGUUGAUGAUGGAAAAAGUUCCACUAACUAUGAAGGACCAGAAGCAAAUAUGCAGACUUUUCCUCCGAACAAUGGAGGAGACAGAGGGCGUGGCUAUCAAUCUCUUGCAGGACCAAGUGAGACAUUUGAACAACAACCUGCAAGCAACUGGAGAGGAGUCUUUAGCAUCUCAUCCUAUACACAAUAUUUCAAUGUUGAUACAGAUAUAGUGUUAAACAGAUUGCUGGGUUCGUUGUUUCCAACUGGUGGGGAUUUUUCCAGCAAGAUCGAUGCAAAUCCAGAUCUAUAUGGGCCUAUCUGGAUCUCCACUACAUUGAUAUUUGUGAUUGCUGCCCUUGGAAACUGUGCUACUUACCUCAUGGAAAAGAAUUCUGACGCAAGUACCUCAUGGAGCUUUGAUGUUGGCUAUGUAAAUCUUGCGGUUUGGUCAAUCUAUGGUUAUGCAAUUUUGGUUCCGCUAGGAUUCUACUUCUUGCUUCAUUAUCUGGGAUCGAAUGCCAGCCUCAUAAGGUUUUGGUGCAUGUGGGGAUACUCGCUCUUCAUCUUUAUUCCGAGCUCUUUACUUUUGUUGAUUCCAGUUGAGGCUAUCCGUUGGAUCAUCAUACUCCUUGUUGGUGGGGCCUCGGCUUGCUUUGUUGGAUUGAACCUUAGGUCAUACACGGAAGGGAACGAUCUUACAAUCAUAGUGGUAGCUGCCUUUCUACUGCAAAUGGCUCUAGCAAUUUUCGUCAAGGUCUGGUUCUUCCCAUGAUGAUCCAGAAAGGUACUUCUCAAGGAUCGAAUCCCGUCUACUUCGACUUUUGUCUCUUGUGACAUUUGAUAGCUGACUGGAUCUCAACUGGCGACAAGUCUCUUUGAGUUUACAGGUCAUGUAACGAAUAGCAUUGUAUUGUAUCGACGAUCUUGCUGCAUUGAGUCUGAGAGGAUGAAAUGUUGAGGACGAACCUUUAAUACUUCCA